AUGCAGGUGCUCCAACAGCUCCUCCUCCUGCCUCUCGUAGCUGCUUUGGCUCUCGCCGAAGACAACUCGAUAGAACACAAAGAGUUCAUCAAAAUAGAAACCUUGAGAGAGCCCCUCACAAGCUGGUUGUGUUGUUGCUGUUCUUCAGCAGGCGCCCCUCACUGCGGUACAUCGCUUCACGACAUCAACAAAUCCCUGAAGAUCGAACUAAACGCAAAUGCCAACUGCAUCUGGCAAAUCCAGAGGGACACAAAUCGAACAAUUAGGCUCAUUUUCUCCUAUUUUAAAUUUGCUCCUUCUUCAAGCUGCGAAACAGAAAGUAUCAAAAUAUAUGAUGGGCCCUCAACUAACGUAUCCCUUCUCGGCCAAGUCUGUAACAACACCAAUGCAGUUCCAGUACUUCAGUCAUCCUCAAACAGUUUAACUUUCCUCAUCACAACAAACUCCGUGCCUUUCACGAGGAACUUCUUCGUCUUCUACUACUACUUCUCACCAGAAACAAAUAUUGAAAACUGUGGGGGACAAUUAACGGGUCCCAACGGGACAUUUAUCAGCCCCAACUACCCAGCGCCGUACCCUGAAUUCGCAUACUGCGUCUGGCAUAUACGAACACCAAAAAACACAAAGAUAAACUUAGAAUUUAAGGAUUUCUUCCUGGAACUAGACCAGAACUGCCAGUUUGACUUCACAGCAGUCUACGACGGCCUUACCACUAACACUGGCUUGAUAGGAAAAAUCUGUGGUCGUGUUCAGCCCACAUUUGAAUCCUCUUCAAAUACCAUGACAGUUGUGCUGUCUACAGACUACGCCAACUCCUACCGAGGGUUUGCUGCUCAGUACACCAGUGCUGCGCUGCCAGGGCCCGUAGAGCCCAACGCAUUCCUGACGUGCUCUUCAGACACCAUGAGGAUUGUUCUCAGCAAGGCUUACCUGGCCUCCCUCGGCUACAACGGAACUCACCCCCAGCUGAACGAUCCAUCCUGCAGCCCAGUUAUAACAGAUUCAGUCAUCUUCUCCUUCCCAUUAGGCGGCUGCGGAACAACUAAAAAGGAUGAAGGCUCGAGCAUCACUUACACCAACAUCGUAUCUCUCUCUGCGAAUGGCAGCAUUAUCACUCGUCAGAACAGCGUAGAGAUCAUUGCCAAAUGCAAAAUGGAAAACAACUCAACCUUGGAAGUCAUUUACAUAACGAAAAAUAAUGUAAUCCAGGACAUAACAGCUAUGGGACAGUACAACAUCAACAUGUCAUUCUACGAAUCGGAUUCAUUCUCCAGGCCUGUACAGCAGUCCCCAUACUAUGUAGACCUGAACCAAACUCUUUUUGCUCAAGUCAGUCUCAACUCUGCUGACCUCAAUCUCCUGGUGUUUGUUGAUACCUGUAUAGCAUCGCCUCAGCCUGAUUUUGGAUCACUAACAUACGAUUUAAUCAGAAGUGGCUGCAGUAAAGAUGACACUGUGGUAACCUACCCACCCCUCGAACACUAUGGAAGGUUCAAAUUCAACGCCUUCAGGUUCCUGCGGAGCUCUCCAUCUGUUUAUCUCCAGUGCGAGGUUUUAAUUUGUGACAGCAACACCACGAACUCCCGCUGCACCCAAGGCUGCAUCUCUCGGCAAAAGAGAACGGUUUCCUCAUACAAGUGGAAAACCAGCACCAUGAUGGGUCCCAUCCGCCUGAAAAGGGAUCUCAGGUCUGCUGAUCACUCAGAAUCCCUCACUAAAGCAAAUGCUGAAGAAACACUGAACCUGCACCAAUACAGCUUCUACGGGCUUUUGUUUCUGGUUUUACUUUCAAAUAUUGUCAUUGUGGUAGCUGUGAUCAUAAACUAUUACAAACGUCAGCCAGGAUACGGGUACCACAAACUCCAGAGCUAGUAUUAACUGCUUCAGGUUAUUCUGAGUUUAAUAUCAACUCCUACUCAGAUCUGCCACCCAAAGAGGGGAGAGGGAAAAACCCAAACCAACCAAAAAUCAAUAAUCAGCCUUCGAAUACACCACUUCAACACACAUUUCUACUUUGUUUGUAAUUAAAUAAAAACCACCUCAAUCUAGCAUUGUACCUGAAAUCACUGAGUUGGAAAAGCACACAAGCGUCUACCUCUGCAUCAUUGGUCUAAAAAUUAUCUAAAAAUUACCUUUUUAUCUUUUUGAAUCCCGUUGCAAGUGCACCUCUCAUGAGUUAACCUGAGGGACAACUGCAAGAUGCCUCUUCAAAGUCUGCUCCUGCAGGGGGCUACCAUCAAGAUCUGACAGUCCUCACAAGGCAUCGGAUGCCCUGGAGAAGACGCAAACACUAGGUAACCAGCUAAAGACACCAGAGUGUACGUGCCUACACUGCUUGUUGUGUCAACACCUACUUCCCCACCAACAGCUUUUGCUCAAUGCAUUUUAAGACACCAAACACAACCGAUGUCUGCACCUCCAGCUUAGGGGGUUGCCAUGAAGUUGUAAGUUAAGUCGUGCAUCCUGGAGUUCAAAGAGCAACAGAACAAAGUACGAAGUUUAACCUUCCACAAGAGAGGGACUUCAAGUCACGUUUCUGCCUCCCCAAAUGACACCAGAACUGACCCCAGCAGGUUAAAGUAACUAUAAUGCAGUAAGGCUGUUUCUCUGGCAUAAGGCUGGUGAAAUGCAGCAGUUUUGACUCCAGCGCAUUUUACCUGGCAGCGAGACCCCCUUGAGAGCAACCACGGCUUAAGUACUCAUAUUUCUUAGGAUAAUGAAACAUGGACAAACACAAGUCUACUAAGUACACACAUUUCAGUUGUUCCUCAUGGCUCAAUUAAUUCAGGAGGCAAAAAGCAUAAUGACAGUCUGAUUUACCACCUGAGGAGCCCAGAUUCCUAACUUGGGUGCCUGUACUGCCCAUAAGGCUGUAAAGAACUCAGGCCGGGGUUCCAGUCUGCCUGUCUCUCCAAACAGUCUCAGUUAGGCAAUGCCAGCA